AUGAGUUCAGAAAUAGGAAUACCGGAGGAUGGCUCGCAUCGGUUCUCGCCUGUUACAUUCAACGACCAUGCCGGACAGCUGUGGAUCGUGACGAUCUUGUCGCUGAUCUACAGCGCGCUCGUGGCAACUGCAAGGGCAUACAUCAAGUACCAGAUGUUCGGGUUCGAUGACAUUUUGAUUGCUUUGGCAACUUCCACUCUCGCAUCCGUUGUUCUCUGCGUUUUAUCCCUGAGCCUCGCCAAAUGCUCCAUCCUCGCCCUCGUCCUUCGCAUCAUCGGCACCAAGACUGGAAAGAAUAGAAUAUUUUGUAUCGGACUCAUGGUGGUCAGUGUAGUAUGGGGAGUAGGGUCCUCCAUCGCAUUUCUUGUCAACUGCCGCGCUGAUACUUUGUUGACUCCUGACAACGUCAAGCAAUGCCCCAACCAGGUUACGCGCUGGGCCGUGGUCAGUACGGUUGAUAUUUUGACCGAGAUAUUUACCUGGAUCCUCGUUGUGCAAUUGUCUUGGUCUGUCAGCAUGUCGUUUGCCCGCAAGUGUCAGGUCGCCAUGGCCUUCUCAUUCCGCAUACCACUUAUCGCCCUCUCAGCCAUUCAUUUGGCAUAUAUCAGCAAGUACCCAGAUGCGACCGAGCCUCAAUUCGCCGUUACGAACAGUCUACUAUUCCAGCAAACGAUGAUCGCUUGGUCCCUGAUUUCUGCUACGGUGCCGAACUUGAAGAACUUUUUGAAGUCAUUUUCUAUAGGCAUGGGCUUUCCGCUUGCCUUUGACCUCAGCAUAUACGGAUCAAGCAACGUGUACGCACUUCAGUCACUGGGAAACGAUCAUUCCCGGGUUACUACGUCUGCAGCAGCACACGAUGUUACAUCGACUUCUGUUAGGGUCCACCACUCUGAUGGCGAGCCCCAUGGCCGACCGCACAACUGGAGGCCGGACCAGGUCUCGACGCAAUCGACGGCAGCGCAUAACUACGGGAACAAUACUCGAGACAACAUAUCAGAAGAAGGGGAACUCUCCAGGACUGGUAGUCAAGAGAUGAUUAUCAACAAGGAGGUUGCGUGGCAGGUCACGUAUGAGGGUCACACAUAAAUUAGGAUACUGCUGCUUAACAGGUAAUGCACUGGUACGAAGGGUUACAGGGAUGGGAAAAGCAUGUGUCCAUAGAAUAGAUUUCCAUUUCACCAGCUUCCAUGUCA